AUGGCUUGCUGUACCUUACACAAGUUUUUGUGUAGAAAACGUCAACAUCAGUACAUUUUUUCAGGAAGUGCUGACCAAGAAAAUAUUGAAGAUGGAACAAUAGAGUUGGGUGAAAGGCCAUUGCCAAACACAUUGACAGACUUGGAAAUAGGACAUAGCAGAAAUAGUCGGCAAAAUGCUAAAGAUGUAAGGGACUUAUAUGUUGAUUACUUUUCUAAUGAUGGUGUAGUUUCCUGGCAAAAUAAAUUUAUUUAA